AUGGGCGACAACGGCGACUUCAUAUAUUCUCCACCCCCAGGACCCCCUCCGCUGUUAUCGAAAGAGCAACUGCUUCACCUCAUACGGCAAGGCUGGCUGUCUCUCCCAUUGCCAGAGACUCUGGCACAGACCACUGCAGACCUGUUCCAAACCUCUGCGCGGUUCUUUGAUCUGCCGGACCAGGAAAAGACCGAGCUGUAUCCCUCCAAAUCGGGCACGGAGUUUGGCUUCUACACCGUCCCCAACGAGAAGGACUACAUCACCUUUCGCUGUCGCAUUCACUCGGCUCACGGGUCAUCAUUAUCAUCCCCGCAGCUGCCUAUCGUACAGGCUCUCGAGGAUAAGGCUGCCAGAGCGUGGCAAGAAGGAGCACUGCUGUUAUGGCGCAUUCUAUGUGAUAUAACACGGUGGUCUGAUCUAGAUCUAUCGAUAUGGAAUGAUUUGCUUGACGGCACCCUGACAAUGCCAGCGUCGGAGGAGGAAAUGACAUUCACGCUACUGCGCGUGUUCCGAUAUCUGCCGGCCACAGGAUUCGCUGAAAAGCACACCGACCUGGGGUUGUUGACUAUCUGCAUAGGUGACAGUGGCGGUCUUGAAGUCUUGGAUCGGCUCAAAUCCACGGAUGAGAAUCUUGUAUGGGUCGACAGCGGGGCCAAACCACGUACGGCGACGAUCCUGGUGGGACAGACCCUCAAGGCGUUGUCGAACGGAGUCCUGAGCCCCGGUAUCCAUCGCGUCGUCCAAAACCCCAACGGCAGGAACAGCGUUGUUUUUGCGCUCCGCCACUCGUCAAAGCACCCUGUCGACUUUGGCUUGUUUGGGGGACAAGGGCUCGUCAGUGCAAGUGACUUGUGGAAAUCCAUCCAGGUCGGCAAAGUCAACAUAAACUCCGUCAAGGAAAGGAGAGAGGCGCAGAGAGCCCAAUUCGCAGCCGAGAGGUUAGCGGCGCAGGAUCACCAGGGGUUGGACAUGGCUCGAGGCUGA